UAAUCACUUUAUGCGUCGCUUCGCACUGUGAAUCAGAACCCCGCACUCUCGCCAAAUCCAAUCCGCUCCCUCUACCUCUCAACCUUCCGAUCCCUCCGAAUCCCUCUCGAUUCGAUCCUUUCCCUUCACUGAACCCGCGAGGAACCCUAACCCUAACUCUCCCGCUCCGUCGUCCCCAGUUUCGCCGGUUAGGGUUGCAGUUUGGGGCUUCCAGCCAUCGCAAUGGCCGACGCCUCCGAGGACGAGACCGAGCAGACCGUCACGAUCGGGGAGUACAUCGAAGAGCUCGAGGCGGAGGAGUUGGAAGCUGAUCUGGUUCUGGGUGGCGACGAGGGCAAGGAGUGCACUUAUCCGGGUGGGUACAUGAAGAGGCAGGCCAUCUUCUCGUGCUUGACGUGCGUUCCUAGUGGCAAUGCUGGUGUUUGCACUGCCUGCAGUCUCUCUUGCCACGAUGGCCACGAGGUUGUGGAGCUGUGGACCAAAAGGAAAUUUCGCUGUGACUGUGGCAAUUCCAAGUUUGGGGAGUUUUCCUGCAAGCUUCAUCCUGAUAAAGAACCUGAAAACACUGGCAACUCCUACAACCAGAACUUUAGAGGUUGUUACUGCACAUGCGGUCGCCCUUAUCCUGAUCCAGAUGCCAAAGAGCAGAUUGAAAUGAUACAGUGUUGUAUAUGCGAAGAUUGGUUUCAUGAGAAUCACCUUGGACUUAACUCUCUAGAUAAGAUUCCAAGAGAUGAGGAUGGUGAACCUGUCUAUGAUGACUUCGUCUGUGAAAAGUGUGCUUCCAUUUUUUCUUUCCUGAAACUUUAUCCUUCUUCUAUUUGGGCCUUGCCAAAGCAAAAGAAUGUGCCUUCAGUUCAGAGUGGCACUGAGAAUGUGGUUGAGAAUGGCUCCUCGACCAAUUGUAGUGACAAGGCGAUUGGCAGUCAUAUUUCUCAGUCUGAGAUUCAUGAAAGUUCUUCCGGGAAUGAUUCUACUUGCGAAAAUGGUACAGUAGUAAAUGCAACCUCAGACAAUAAUAAAGUGUGUCUUGAGGAUCAAGGUUCAAGUGCUACAUGCACUAUUGGAGUGGACAUCAAUGUGUUAUCCGUUCCCUCGGAGAAAAUAGGACCCAUGUUUCUCCUUAAAAAAUGGAGAGAACUUCUUUGCAAAUGUAGAACCUGUAGUGAAUUUUAUACCCAUAAAGGAGUAGAAUUUUUAACCGAUAAAGAGGACACGAUUGAGGAAUAUGAAAAGAUGGCUAAGUCGAAGAGGGAGGAAAAGUUGAAGCAACAGGAAGGAGCUGAAUUGAACUUUCUCAACACUCUGAAUCAUGUCCAGAAAAUAGAAAUCUUCAGUGGGAUAGCUGACAUGAAGAAUGAGUUGCAUUCCUUUUUGGAAUCUUUUGAUUCAUCGAAACCUGUGACAUCUGAUGAUAUUAAAGGUGUCUUUGAAAAUCUCGCAAAGAAAAAGAAGCAAAGGUUGGCAUGAGUUUCUUCGGUAUGCUGGAAAAGUUGGGAGGUCGAGUUUAGUAGCCUGUUAGAGUUGAUGUUAAGGCAUAAGCUAUUAGUUGGGUUGGUCUUUGUUGUACUGCUAGUGUCACUACUACUGUUAGCGAGAAUAUAUCUAUAUGGUCUACUCCUUUGCAGUAACUUAAACUGUGUUAGCAUCUCAUAGUUCUUUGUUUGUGGCUUUGUGCUGAAGGUUGUGUUUUGUGGGAGAGCUCUUGCUUCACUUUGAACAUAUAUUUUUCAAAGACAAUGUAGUUAUGUCUUUGUCGAGAUCA